CCAAGAUGCUUGAUAGGGUAAUCAAAGAAGCGCUUUCUCCUAAUAUUUCCUCGAUAAGACCAAUCAGACAUAGCCGGAAGACCCAGAUUAAGGCUCGAGAGGGGAUCGCCACUGCUCGGGAGAACUGUAAGACCAAAUAAAAAAAACCUCCUCCUAUUUGACUUUGAACAGUUCAGAAGUGAAAGGAACUUGAAUGAUGUUGAUAUAAGCGAGGUUCUCAGGAAUACUAAAUAAUUCCUGUGUGAAUUCCCAAGAGGAGCUAAAGACAAUGAACCUUGAAGAUGCACUGAAAGCGAUCAAGAAAUCAAAGAUGAGCCAGAAUUUGUAUAAGAAAAAGAAGAGCAGAAACCUCAUUACCAGUACAACAGCUCAGAUCCUCAAGAGAAUUAACGAAAAGAAAAGAAAUCGUAUGAUGCUGAACUAUGAUAAUAUUUAUCGAAGGCUGAGUAAGGAGAAUUACAAACUCUCCCGGAAGCCUAAGCCCAAGAAGAUAAAGUCAGAUGACCCACUAGAAUUCUCAGUCUUCAAGUCCAAAGAAGAGAGUGAUAAAAGAAGAAUGACUCAUAACCAGAGGGAGAUUUACUUCUCAAAAGCCCUGGACAACAUUAAAAAUAAGGUCAUCAACAAGAUGAAGUCGGACAUAUAUACAGACACAGACCAGAGUAAUAAGAUCAUGAAGAGAUUCAAUAAAGACGAAAUGCUAGAUAUCGCCUUCCCUAUUAAGAAUCUGAACAUAUUCGAAGAACCUGAAAUGAAGGUUAUUAGAGCAAAGUCACCAGAAGUAAAUGAAAGGAAGAUAUCUCUGCUUAAGAUUAAGAAGUUAGUGAGGCCUCAGACUUCCAAUGAUCCUUUCAAUGGGUUUAAGAGAUAUAAUAGAGGAAUCUAUCAUUCACCAGAUAAGUCCUCGAAGGAUACCUUCUUGGUUCAGUUUGAAGCCCAGAUCUUGAAAUCUACAGAAGCUUCAGAGUCGGUCCAAAAAAUUGAUUAGUUUUCAAUAUUUCUUAACAAA